AUGCGCUCCUUGUCUCUUCUUGCCCUUUUGUUCAUUAUACAGGAGGCGGUGGCUUUCAAGGCGCACGACUUCAAGACUUGUUCCCAAGCUGGAUUUUGCCGACGAGGACGUGCUCUUUCUUCACGGGCCAAGGAGGCCAAAUCAUCUUGGAAAUCACCUUAUACACUUGACGCAUCCUCCAUCAACAUUGCGUUGGACCAGUCGACUUUUACAGCCGGCGUCAAGUCCUCAUUAUAUCCAGAAAUCAAGUUUGGUUUGGAACUGCGUAUCCACGAUGAUGGCGUAGUACGAGUGCGCAUGGACGAGGUUGGUGGCCUUCGGAAGCGGUAUGACGAAGCAGCCUCAUGGGCCUUGAUUGCGGAACCUACUAAUAGUCGGGACAUCAAGUGGACAACAGGGAAGAAAGAUAUUCGCGCCGCUUAUGGAAGUAAAAAGGAUAUAGAGGUCGUCGUUGCCUUUGAGCCUUUGCGCAUAUCCCUCUCUAGGAAUGGAAAAGAGCAAAUUGUUCUCAAUGGCGAGGGCCUCCUUCACAUGGAACACUUCAGGAAUAAAGCAACUCCAACCGAGGAAGCAGCACCCAAGGAAGGGGAAAUUACAGAGGGAGAAGCUCAGGUAGUCAUGAAGGCCGAUAACCCCCGCGCGUGGUUUGAAGGAGACAACGAAGAUGAUUGGUGGGAGGAGACUUUCUCCUCCUGGACUGACUCGAAGCCUAAGGGUCCCGAGUCGUUAUCUCUUGACAUAAAUUUCCCUAAUCAUGGAACCGUCUACGGAAUUCCCCAACAUGCUACUCGACUAGCUCUCCCUUCCACAACCGGCGAUUCCCCCACAUUCACCGACCCCUACAGACUGUAUAACGCGGAUGUCUUCGAGUAUAUCGCCUCAUCUCCAGUCUCACUGUACGGUUCCAUCCCUCUAAUGCAUGCCCACUCCGUCGAUUCAACAGUUGCCAUAUUUGAUGCUGUCGCUUCCGAAACGUGGAUAGACGUGUCACACUCCUCGGAGAAGUCGACUGAAACCCAUUGGAUCUCUGAGUCUGGUAUCCUUGACGUCUUCCUUCUUCCUGGUCCCACACCAGAGGAUGUCUUCCGCCAAUAUGCCAAGCUCACCGGCAGUGCGGUCCUCCCCGCUCAAUGGAGCUUAGGGUACCAUCAGUGCCGAUGGAAUUACAUCAGUUCUGACGACGUCCGUACCGUGCAGAAGCGAUUUGACGAGGAAGACAUGCCUGUUGACGUUUUCUGGCUUGAUAUCGAAUAUUCUGCAGACCACAAAUAUUUCAUUUGGAACGACAAGACCUUCCCAGAUCCUGUGGAUAUGGUCAAUGAUGUUGCAGCUAUCGGACGAAAGAUGGUAGUUAUCGUUGACCCCCAUUUGAAACGCACUUCGGACUAUCCUGUUUACAAAGAAGCUUCUGAGCUUGGCGUUCUUGUUAAGACAAAGGACGGUGAGGGCGAAUACGAAGGCUGGUGCUGGUCAGGCAGCAGCUCGUGGAUCGAUUUCUUCAACCCUCAAGCUUGGGAUUGGUGGAAACGCAUUUUCAAACCGUAUACAGUGGAGGGUGGUACGAAUGCCGUUCACAUCUGGAAUGAUAUGAACGAGCCUUCCGUGUUCAAUGGACCUGAAAUCACGAUGCCCAAAGACAACGUUCAUUAUGGUGGAUGGGAACACAGAGAUGUCCACAACAUCAACGGCAUGCUUUACUCAAACCUCACUUCCCAAGCCGUUUCCGCACGAUCCGACCCACCAAUGAGACCAUUCGUUCUUACUCGCGCAUUCUACGCGGGUUCUCAGCGUUUCGGUGCAAUGUGGACUGGGGAUAACCUUGGCACUUGGGAACAUAUGGCUGUGGGCGUCAAGAUGGUGCUUGCAAACAGCAUCGCAGGCAUGAGCUUUGCUGGGUCUGAUGUUGGCGGAUUCUUUGGAAACCCCGAAACGGAGAUGCUUGUCCGUUGGUAUCAGGUUGGCGCCUUCGCUCCGUUCUUCAGGGCACAUGCGCAUAUCGAUACCAAACGCCGAGAGCCUUUCCUUCUUGAUCAACCGUACAAGGGCGUGAUUCGUGAUAUCUUGCGCCUUAGGUAUAGCCUUCUUCCUGUUUGGUACACAGCUUUCCGUGAGACGUCUGUGACUGGACUGCCCGUACUGAGACCGCAUUACGUGGUCUUCCCCAAAGACAAGAAUGGCUUUGACAUUGAUGAUCAAUAUUUCAUCGGCUCGUCUGGAUUAUUGGUCAAGCCAGUUACCGAGAAGGGACAGACGGAAGCUAGUGUUUAUCUCCCUGAAGACGAGGCAUUUCGCCUUUGGCAGGUUUACUACGAUUACUUCACGCAUCACGCCUACCGCGGCGCUGCAAAGGGCAAAACAAUCACCGUACCUGCCGCCCUUGAUCAGAUCCCACUCUUCGUCCGUGGUGGUUCCAUCGUCCCCACUCGUGAACGUCCUAGGCGGGCAUCGACACUGAUGAAGAAUGAUCCCUUCACGCUCCGUGUCGCUUUGAGCAAAGCUGGCACAGCGCGCGGCGAACUCUACCUCGACGACGGCGAGUCUUAUUCACACCAACAAGGCCAAUUUAUUUGGCGCGAAUUCAUCUCAAGCAGGGAUCUUGCAGCUGAGAAGCCCAACGAUGCUGUCGACGGUGUCGCCCUCAAAUCCUUCAACCCUUCCAAUGACUAUGCCAAGAGCAUCGCCAAUGUUAGAGUGGAGAAGAUCGUUCUCGUCGGACUGAGUAGCAAGCCCUCAAGCGUCAAAGUUGAGGGAGGCGAAGAGCUCGUAUGGGAAUAUACCCCUGGUGUAUCAGCUUCAGAGAAGAAAGAAGGUACCCCCAGUCUGCUCACGAUCAAGGAUCCCCGAGUUCUCGUUACGAAGGACUGGGCCAUUGUCGUUCAGUGA